GCGGGUGUCCCCGCCGAGCGCCCCCCCGCCCCCGCCCGCCGGCCUGGCCCUGGCCGCCGAGCCCGCCGCCGCCCUCAACUUCUGGGCCAUGGUGGACAACCUGCAGGGAGACGCCGGCCGGGGCUACUACCUGGAGAUGCUGCUCGGCUCCCCGCCCCAGCAGUUGAACAUUCUGGUUGACACUGGAAGCAGUAAUUUUGCAGUUGCGGGUGCUCCAAAUCCUGAUGUUACAUCGUACUUCAAUACCGAGAAGUCAAGUACAUACACAUCUCAAGGCAUCGAUGUCACUGUUAAGUAUACUCAAGGAAGCUGGACAGGAGUGCUUGGCAAAGAUUUUGUUACUAUUCCAAAGGGAAUCAAUGGCUCUUAUCUUAUCAACAUUGCUACCAUUCUUGAAUCAGAAAAUUUCUUUCUACCAGGAGUGAAAUGGCAUGGAAUUCUUGGACUUGCCUACGAUGUCUUAGCUAAGCCUUCAAAGUCUGUGGAGACGUUCUUUGAUUCCCUUGUGAGGGUGGCAAAGAUCCCCAACAUUUUCUCCCUGCAGAUGUGUGGAGCUGGAUUGCCUGUUUCUGGAAGUGGUACCAACGGAGGUAGUCUUGUGAUGGGUGGAAUUGAACCAAGUCUGUACAAGGGUGAUAUUUGGUACACACCUAUUAAGGAAGAAUGGUAUUACCAGGUUGAAAUUCUCAAACUGGAGGUUGAAGGCCAGAACCUUGACCUGGACUGCAGAGAGUAUAAUGCAGAUAAGGCGAUAGUAGACAGCGGCACCACCCUCCUCCGCCUACCCCAGAAAGUCUUCGCUGCUGUUGUGGAAGCUAUUAUUCGUACAUCUUCGAUCCAAGAAUUCUCUUCUGGAUUCUGGACAGGUUCCCAGCUUGCAUGUUGGGACAAAACUGAAAAGCCCUGGUCCUUAUUUCCUAAAAUCUCCAUCUACCUGAGAGACGAAAACUCAAGCAGAUCAUUUCGGAUCACUAUCCUACCACAGCUUUAUAUUCAACCCAUCCUUGGGAUUGGACAGAACCUGGAAUGUUACCGAUUUGGCAUCUCGUCCUCCACAAACGCUCUGGUUAUUGGUGCCACAGUUAUGGAGGGUUUCUAUGUCAUCUUUGAUAGAGUUCAAAAGAGAGUAGGCUUUGCUGUGAGUCCAUGUGCAGAAAUAGGUGGCUCUCCGGUAUCUGAGAUAGAAGGUCCUUUCUCAACAGCAGAUAUAGCAAGCAACUGUAUUUCCACAGGAACCUUCCAUGAACCACUGUUGUGGAUUGCCUCCUAUGUUCUCAUGAGCAUAUGUGGCAUCAUCCUCCUUGUUCUGAUCAUCUUGCUGCUGCUCCCGUCUCGGUGUAAGCAUCGCUACACUAACAACGAUGUAGUCAAUGAUGAGUCAUCCUUGGUGCAUCAUCGCUGGAAAUGAGGACCCUUUGAUCAUGGGUUGGGAAGCCUUAGACUCUGUCAACACAACAAAGAAUGAAGUGUCCAGCCUAGGAGAGGAAAUGAAUACCUUGUUCCUUUUUGUUGGUCACAAAUCACAGUUUUCUACAUAUACUGCGUCAUAAUUUUUUAAGCUUUAAUUUCUAACACCCGAUUCCAAACCAAAACACUAAACCCACUUUUCAAGUGCUGUGUUACUGGAUUGGUUCUAUCAUACCACAACUGAGCCUUUCAGCUCCCAGUCAUACCCUUUUUAAAUGUUGACAUGGUGUUCUUCCAUUAUCCAGACAAAAUAGCUCAUUCCUCAUUCCCAAAAGAAAAGGAACCAUCAAAUAUUUCUAAUGUUAAUCAAGACUUGAAUGUUGGGUGGGGGGGGAGGACAAGUUUUAAUGAGUUUUCUCAUUAGUUACAUUAAAGAAAUAAUGUUUGGUUUACAUCAGUUCAUUUUAAAACAGUGCUUACAGCAUAGGGAAGGUGGAAAGGUCAGUGUUGUGCAGCUAACAAAAGCAAUUUACGUGACUAGGAAACUGACUUUUUUCACAGUGAGGUUACUGGUGUCAUUUGAGUAGGUCUUUGUUCAUUAGCUGCCCUUCCAGAAUAGUUUGAGGAGGGGAAAACAGGGACGCCAAACUGUUGUUCUGCCUUAGUGUAAAACAAGACUACCUCGAUAAAAUGAAAAGGGCACUUACUAUCGUUAAGUGGGUGGCACUAAGAGCUACUUUUUAGCUGUUUUAGAACAGAUGAAAAUCCUGUAGCACAAAAUGCAAUCCCUUGUUUCCAAAAUAGCAUUUUGCUUAAUCCUUCUGAGAGGUUUAUAAAAUAACUUUUCACAUAAUCACUUUUAAAAAAAUCCUCUUAGUUUUCCACCCAUGUUAUCUCCCUCUCAAUUCGGGCACAUUGCUGUUUAGAGUAGAAGAGGGUUCACUAUACGUGAAUGUCACAGAGCAGAUAAUUGUUAAGGGAAGAUGUUGCUUUUUACAUCUCUCUUGGCAUCUCUAGUGAUUGCAAGGAAAAACAAUAAAAUGUAAAGCAAAUCUCUAAAGAGAAAACGAAACCAUGUUUGCUGAGCCCAGCAGUCUGAAAGUUCAAUAAAUAUAAAAAGUGUUUCUCUUUUGAAUAAACUCUGGAAGUUUUGGUGACGCUGACUGGCUGUUUAACUUGAAUAGCAAUUGAGGAUUUUUUAGUUUAGUUUUUGUGAUAUGUCCAUCUUGGUGAAAACGCAUUAUACACAGUAGUGGGAAACCUGUAUAACAAACUGAAAGUAUAUUGGUUUAGUAGCCCUAAAUAAAUGUUUGUGUGUGGAUUUGGAUUUUUUUGGGUGGGGGGAGGCAUAAUAGACCAGAUACAUAUCUCAGUUGAACAGGUAUAAAACUUAAAUUUAACAGAGAUAAGAAAUGUUGGUACUUUCUUUAAAGCCUAAAAAGGCUUUUCUUGUAGCUAAGAAAGGUGGUGCAGGAAGUAGGCUCAGAAAUCCAAUUUUAUUUACUUUUUUAAAAAUUACAAAGUUUAAAAGGGCCUCUUGUUUCUUUUUUUUCUUUUUACAUUUUUGUUGGAUUUAAGUAAAAGGGUUGGAGUUUGUUCUGACAUCUGAUUUUCUUGAUACUGGGAGUUAGAAAUUUGAGGAGGAAGGGAUUUCUGAGUUUUUUUUCUGCUUUUUAUUUUUCACUGACCUUUAUCAAAAAUUGAAUUUAAGGAAUGCAAGAAUCUGUGCAGCUUGAAUGAUAAAAACUUCUUAUAAUUAGGCUUCUACUAAUAGAUGCAGUUCUUUAUCAUUUAGAAAACAAUGUAACUUUCCUUUUUAAUUCUUGUAGACUAAAAAAGAUUCUUUUUUUCCUUUGUCAGCCCUAAGAUUCAUAUAACUAAAAUCAUGCUAAGAAAGCUGUAACUCUUGUGUUUCCUCAGGUGAACCAAGUGAUUAAGUUUCCUUCAUAUAUAUCAUGGUAUUUCUGUCCUAUAAUCUAAUUUCAGUUGAACUUUUUAAAACUUUUUCUUUGUACAAAGAGCCAAUGAGAUCUGAUUCUUAGAGAUGCCAGGUACCAGCUGCCAUUAAUAUCAGCCAGCAUUAAGAGCGUUUGUUUGUCCUUGAAAAUCAGGUCUACAAUUUAAGUGACAGCUCAUACCACUGAAAUGGAUGAGCAGUGUGCUAAAAUGUAAAAGAAGGUUCCACUGAGUUUGAAUCAAAGGAAUAGAUUUUAUUUUGGAAAGAACGGUGCUGUUAAUUCUGUAAUCCAGCUCCAUAUAGUACUCCUUGGGUUUGCCUCAGCUCAUAGCUAGUAAUAUCAAAGUCAUGUUCCUUUUUCUUUAGGAAAUAUAUUGAAUAAUCUUGUCACAUUUUCCUUGAAGUCUGAAUAAUUUUUUUACCCAUUGUUGCACAGCCUGGAUGAACAGCACAGGGGAGAAAGCGCACCAUCUUUAUUACUUUUGAGGAGCAAAAAUUGUGUACUAUUAAAAUACUUUUACUUUAGCUUUUUUCUUAAGGAAGGAAGGAAUUUAACAGUCAGAUUAUUGGAUAGGGUUCCAGGUAUGCUUUGUAAUGACAAGCUAGAUCUCUCCAGAGUAGUUCAGUGAAGCUUUUUAAUGCUCUAUGUUUCAUAUAAAAGUCCUUGAGUUCACCCUUUCAUUUUUGAAUGUCAUUGGUCAAGACAUUUUAAUAGAAAUGCGUUAAUUACAUGAGCAAUAAUCUGGUAACAGAAAUGAAAUAGUCCUGCAGUGUGAGAUUUUCAUGGCAUCCCUUGCCACUAAAAUUUGGCUUAUAGUAAAAAUGUUGUUAGUGACAUCUGCUAGCAGCACAAACUUCAUAUCAGAUUGUAAAUUGAUACUUGCAGUGGAAGAUAUUCAGGUGAGUAUUGCUUUGUUGCUCUGGCAACAAGAAGAGCAAUGCUAACCCUUGAGGGUUCAUUUUUAGCCUGCAGCACAUUAAGAAAAAUAAUGCACUUGAGCAUUUUUCUAUGAAAGAUGAAGCUCAAUGGUAGACUGCAAUUUUACCAACUGUGGCUUAGUAGAUAAUUUUUUUUCUGAUUUUUAAAAAUGAAGUGCUCUAAGGGAUUCUCUACUUGUGUUAACUAACUUCAGGGAUAUUCUUUAAUUAAAUCAUGCCUUCACAUACAAAGUUCAGGAUAAAGAUGGAAGGCUUUGACUUCCAAGAUAAUUUGUUACUUGUAAUAUAAUAUAUCCCAAGUGAUGGGUUACUAGACAAUACAUCCCUGUGCUCAUAUGCUUUUAAUUUUGGGAGCAGUGCCUUUGUAUACCAUUCUGUUUACCAGACAAGUGUGGGGAAAUUAUCUUUAGUUGCAUGGAGCUUCUUUAAUAAUAGCUGAUUCAUAAUGAAUGCUAUGUGUGAUUGAAUUCGAAUUAUGCUUGAAUUUGAGCUAAAGCAAGGGAUACAACAGUUCUGUCCCACUGGUCCAUCGGCUGUCAGAGUUCAGUUUCAGAAAUGUUACCUCAAAUACCUUGUACAACUCAGGCUUUGAGAAAAAUAGAUUAAAUGACUUUGUAAGCAUUUGUUUCACAUGCUGUAAAUAAAGUUUAGUUCAGCUUUAACAUAAAGCAGCCUAUAUCGCACCUAUCACAUUUAUAUUGAAAAUAAUGAAUAUUAUGUGUCAAAGGAAUAUAAUAUUUUUGGCUUUGGUUUUGUACUAGCAGUUAAUAGUAAAUCACAAACUACAUAGAGAUGUUCUUACUUCUGACUCUUUUUUAAUUGAGGAAAUGCUAACCUUUUAACAAUAGCUUAAUCUUUAUUAACUGAAAGCCAGUCACUGGGAAGAACAACAAGGGCUGUUUCUCAUGUCAAAUGAAGUCUUCCUUGGGACUGAUGAUUAAAAGAUUUAUCUAA